UGUAUUUCCAAGAUUUUCUUCAACAUAUAGAUUGACCUUGUUGAAAGAUGAACAAGCCAUGGCUCUUUUCUGUCAUUUAGCAUUUCCACAAGGUGGGAGCUCCUCCUACAUACCAGAUGAUCUUGUUAACAAGAUAGUGAGAGGCUGUGGAGGGUUUCCUUUGGCCCUUGAAGUGGUUGGCAAAUCACUCAAAGGAGAAUCUGAGGUCACCUGGAAGAAUAAGCUCAACCGGUGGUCUGAAGGGCAAUCUAUUUUCUAUUCUGACGCAGCACCAAAUGGAGCCACUGAUAUACUUAAGCGUCUCCAAACCACCUUAGAUGACUUGGAUGUAAAAAUCAAGGAGUGUUACUUGGACCUGGCUUCAUUUCCUGAGGACCAAAGAAUCCCUGCCAUGGCACUUGUGGACAUGUGGGUGGAACUUUACAACCUUGAUGAAGUUAGUGCCUUUGCCAACAUCCAUGAACUGUCUGAUCGGAAUCUCCUCAAUCUUGUACCUACAAGGAAAGAUGCAAGCGAGAUCAAUGGCUACUACAAUGAGCAUUUUGUCACGCAGCAUGAUCUACUUAGAGAGGUAGCUACCCACCAGAUUGACCAAAAUCCCAUACACCGGAGUAGAUUAAUAAUGGACAUCGGUGGCAAUGAUCUUCCCAAGUGGUGGACUGAACAAGGGCAGCAUCCUAUCCGCCUUGUGUCUAUAUCCACAGGUGAAAUCUCAAACGGGCACAACAUGCAAUUAAGUAAAGUUGAAGUUCUACUGCUGAACAUCCAAAUAAGGAACUACACCUUACCUCUGUUGAUGGAGAAAAUGGACCAAUUGAAGGUUCUGAUCGUCACCAACUACGGUUUUUGCUCAGCUGAGAUCAGCAACUUUCCACUACUUGGACAUUUAUCCAGUCUAAGGAGAAUCAGAUUCGAGCAUAUUUCAAUCUCUUCCAUUGCUAAAACCAUGCUACAACUAAAAAAUUUGCAGAAAAUAUCCUUGGUUAUGUGCAAGUUUGAUGACGCUUUUGGGAACUGUACUAUCCAGAUUGCCGAUAUGUUGCCAAAUCUUGUGGAGAUUGUUAUUGACUGUUGCAAUGAUUUAGUGGAAUUUCCAGCAUGGCUCUGCAAUAUCAGCAGCCUUAAGAGGCUUGACAUCACCAACUGUCAUGAGCUCAUUGCACUUCCUGAAGCUUUUGGAAAGCUAGAAAAUUUAGAAGUGCUAAGGCUUCAUGCCUGCACAAAACUUUUGGAGCUGCCCGAGUCAAUUGGAAGACUCCAGAAAUUUAGAUUUCUUGAUUUAUCUGACUGCAUAAGCAUAAGUAAAUUGACUGAACGGAUGGGGGAGUUAUCCAGCCUAAGAAAGCUGAACGUGAGAGGUGGCCGUGGAUUGUCAGAGUUGCCAUCCUCUGUGAAGAAUCUUAAGCAAUUGGAGGAUUUGAUAUGUGAUGAAGAAACUGGUUAUCUCUGGGAGAAUUAUAAGAUUCAUCUCCCCAAUCUGAAGUUUCAUGUGCUUAAAGAAGAUGUCAACCUAGACUGGCUUAAAUGAUGUUCAUCCUUGAUGAGCCUUCACCAAGCUAAAGAUUUUUUAUUCCGAGCGGAAACGUAAACCUGAAAUGGCUCACAAUCUUUGUUGCAGAAGCUAAAAAAAUCAAUGUUCUUUGGAAGAGUUCCUCCUGGGAGAAUGACUUGAGCACUUGAUUAUGCUUUUGUUUUUCGUUCUGAUGCCUAUGUAUAUGAAGCUAUUAACUGUGUUCUGAUGCCUAUGUAUAGGAAGCUAUUAACUGUAUUGUAUUGUGUACAAACACAAUUUCAAAAUUCUUAGAGAAUGAUGUAAUGCUAUGAAUUGAAAUUGUUGAAAGAUCAAUUGACCAAAAAUCUUGGAAAUACUUAUCUUGAUGUAGCCAAAAUUUUGUAUAGGAUUUGGUCCUAUUUUCCUCAGCCUGAAUUCCAAUUGGGUUGAUUGCC